ACUCCCAAAAUAGUGCCUUGGAGCCCUCUCAUAUGAUAGAACCAAAUGAAGGAAUCGUACCUGUCCGGAUAUACAGAUGAAGCCGUGGCAACUAGCUCAAAAGCUCUGUUCAGUUUCACCUGGCUCUAGAGACACAUAAAACAUGUCGAGCAAAGUUGUUGAUACUAGAGAAUUUAAAGCAUUUGAUGUGACCUCAAAGGCUUCAAUCAAGACCUUUUUGGAAUCUAAGAAGAUCAAAUUUAGCAAAGGUUUGGCCUAUUAUGAGUUGACCAAGAAAGAACUGAUUCAAGACUACAAACACAUUGUGGUAAGGAGAAAAAGUGACGGCUUGAUUGUUGAAGGAGAGGAUGUUCGACCCAUCCUAAAUAUCCCCAAAGGCUCUAGCACCAAGGUGGAAGUUGACACAGAAUCUAUUCCCGACUUAGAGAUCUUUAUUCAAAGCGCUUCUCAUAAUCGAGCCCUGCUCCCUGGGACGACAUUGCUGUACCGAGAUCAUGAUCAUGGACCUGAGAAGGGGACAGCUAUACCCACUCCCGAUCCAGUCCCAAAUCCAGGGUCAGCAUCCACUAAUCCUAGACAAACUCGAGCAGCAAAACGAGCCGCAGAUUUGCAAGGGGACGAUGAUGAACCCAAUGAUGACACCGGCACAGCCAAGGUUGCUAAACCGAAUAAGUCGUCAACAUCCGUACCCGCAGGAACAAGCGGAGUGUCUGGCUCCACGGUUGUUGACCCAAAAGAAACGGAAGCCACCAAGGUCAUCGAUAAAUCUAGUGAACCACCCGUUCCCGCUCCAAUGGGGGUUUCUGACCAAAUGGAUAUUGCGUUCAGUUUUGAUACGACGGGAUCUAUGUAUCCUUGCCUGUCCGAAGUCAGGCGGAAUCUAAAGAGCACUAUUCAGAGAUUGAAACGAGACAUUCCCGGAAUUCGGAUGGCAGUCAUUGCUCAUGGCGAUUACUGCGAUGCCUCUAUUUAUGUCACAAAACACAUCGACUUCACUGCGGACGAUUCGGCAUUAGUUAAGUUUGUGGAUCAAGUGUCACCCACCAGUGGCGGCGAUUUCGAUGAAUGUUACGAGUUGGUGCUUCGAGAAACGCACACAAAACUUUCCUGGAGAGAUGAUUCUCAGAAAUCUCUGGUUAUGAUAGGAGACGCCAAGCCCCAUGAACCUAGUUAUCCUCUGAAUGUGCAGAACAUCGAUUGGCGCGAGGAAUGUAAGGUUUUGAAGAAAAAAAGUAUACGAGUUUAUGCGGUUCAAGCUUUGUAUGGAAGCUUCAAUUUUUACCGGCAAGUGGCCAGACAGACGAAUGGUUUCUAUAUCAAGUUGGAUCAAUUCUCUUCUAUCGUGAAUUUCAUUAUGGCCAUUUGCUACAGAGAGCAGGGUCCGCAACAGCUUGAAAAUUUUGAAACCGAGGUUCGGCAUAGCCAGGGCAUCAAUCGAGAACUGCAUCGCCUAUUUGACAGCUUGUCCGGCAAAUCAACCGAAUUCGUAGGUCACGCUGUCUCGACCGAACUUGAUCCUGUUAAUCCAUCGAGGUUCCAAAUCCUGUUGGUGGACAAGAAAUGCAGUAUCAAGGCUUUUGUUCAGCGGAACUCUUUGAUCUUUAAAACCGGAAGGGGCUUCUACGAGUUCACUAAGCCCGAAUCGAUUUCACACUCGAAGGAGGUGGUGUUGGUGGAUAAAGUCAGUGGGGACAUGUUCACGGGUCGCAAGGCUUCCCAACUGAUUGGAGCAGGAGGCUCAGAUAAAAUCAAGCCCACUUCUCUCGAGAAAUUCAGGGUGUUCGUUCAAAGCAAUAGCUACAAUCGGAUCUUGGUCCCCAACACCGGGUUCCUGUACGAGGUUGACCCGGAUCAUUAA